CGGCUCUAUUUCUCCGUCAAGUAACCUCAGACCAUGAAUCCAUUCAUCAACAUCAGGUAAAGAGCAAUCCAAUAAAUCAUCUCUCUCAAUCUCUAUUUCAGUGUUUGGGUUGGAUAGGACAGGCCCAAAUCCAGUCGAUUGUUCUGAACUGUAAGCCCACCUGUAUUUGGCCCAAAUUCGGCCCAAUAGAAAUAGCAGAACAUUUCAGUAACAAAUCUUAACAGGAAAAGAAAUAUUAUGUAUGAAGCUUUCUGCAUAUGAAAAAUGGCAGCUUCAUUUAGAUGGAUAAUGCAGCUUCACAAGGACGUGCCCAAAGCAGCUCGAUUCUACUCGGAGGGGCUUGAUUUCACCGUCAAUGUCUGUACUCUCCGAUGGGCUGAGCUUCAAUCUGGUCCACUUAAGCUCGCUCUUAUGCAAUCUCCAAUUGAUCAUGCCAUACAGAAGGAGUACUCUUCAUUAUUAUCUUUCACAGUAACAGAUAUCAACAGUACAGUAACAAAAUUAAUGGCAUUAGGAGCUGAAUUAGAUGGUCCAAUCAAAUAUGAAAUCCAUGGAAAGGUUGCGGCAAUGAGAUGUGUUGAUGGGCACAUGUUGGGGCUCUAUGAACGUGCAUAGGAGCUGUACAAACAUCUCUUCUUUGAAUACAAUCUUUAAAGCUGUGCAUAAUGUGUAAAGUGUUGGACCUGAAGAGAAGGCAAUCAAAGAUGUUAACUUUAUGUUGUAAGGAAUCAAAGUUGUUAGCUUUAUGUCCAGACUCUAGUAGUACAUACCUGUCAUGUAGAUGGGGUAUUUCGGGUCCUCUGAAUCUCCAAGAACGGCUAGGAUUUCUUCUUUUGUAGUUUUUGGUAACACAGCUGCUUUUGUUUGUCUGCUUAUUGAGUUCUCAUCUUGUAACUUCAUGGAAUAAUGAUUUCAAUUUGUUAUUAAUUGAACUAAAAUUCAUUUCA